AUGUUCUACAGAAUAAUUUUGAACAGCUUAGGCAUUAACCAGUUCGAUGCAUCUUCGAGGGCUUCACUUAAAGCAAAAUUUUCUCGAAAAUUAUCAGACAAUAAUUUAUCUGGGAACGUUGUAGAUAUAUUUAGCAUAAUAGAUUAUAACAAUUAUAAUGAAGGUGACAUUGAGAAAUUAGAGAAUAACAACUAUGAAACUAGAUUGAAAAAUGAGUGGACACAGCUGGAGAACGACGAGAAUAGGGAUUGGCUUACCAUUACGCUAAAAACGUAUGAAUCCUUCAUUGGAAAAAAUAGUGAAACAACAGAAGAUAAUGAAAAUAAACAUAGAAGGUGGUGUAAUAUUGUAGAGGCGUUGUAUUAUUUCCGUAAAGCUAAGAAUGAAGAACAUCGAGCAGGACUGGAAUUUUUUUUAGAUGCAUUAAAGGAUAAAAGACAAGGAAAAGGCAUUGAAGAUUUAAAUUUGGAAGAGGAAGAAGCAUGGAAGCAAUUAAAAAUGGCAAAAGUUAGAGAAGAUAAUGAAUGGAGAAUUUAUCAAUUACUUACUUGUAAAUAUUGGAAACAAGCAGAAAAUACCGAAUCCGCUAGAAAUAAUAGUCAAUAA